AUGAAAGUAUUGGGAAUUUGUAUUGUAGUUACAUUAGUAUUCAGUGGAAUAAAUUGUGUAAAAAAUAAAAAAGUUAAAUGUUAUCGAUGUACCGACUGUCCUAAUCCAUUCGAUAAAACUCAAAUAACUGAAUUAGCUAAUUGUAAUUUUUGUCGAACGGUUUACACUUAUCGUGAUGAAGAUAAUUAUAGAAUUGCAAAAGAUUGUGUAGCAAGUUGUGUUCCACAAGAUCGUCGUGGUGGUAAAGCUGGCCUAGUAACUGAAUGUUGUGAUGAAGAUUAUUGUAAUGCAUCACCUAAACAUUAUUCUGUUUCAUUUUUAUUAAUUACCAGUUUUACAAUUUUCAUUAUAUAUGCUAAUAAAUUCAUAUAUUGA